AUGCCAAGAAUCACUUCAAGGUCCACAGUCCUUGCUAAAGACCACAUGACAUAUAAGAAAGAUCAACAACCAAGAAAAUGUUUCUCAAACUCUGCUCAACCUGCUACUAGUCCAUCAUCCUUCAGUCACAUCAAACCACACAUACAAGGCCAUGCAUCAAUGCCACUCUCUGACUUUAUCAAUUUCAAGAUUCUCGAGCAUGCCAAAGAGCUCAUACCACUAUUGGAAGCUGUACACACACGCUUCGCAGCAGUGUUCAUGUGCUUGAACACAGAUGCUGCAGAUCAAGUUCCAUGUGGAGAUGCAGACAAGUGUUGGAAGAUGUGGAAUGAGUUUCAGGACCUGUAUGAGGGUUUUGCAUGGAGGGCUAAAUAUUGGAAUUCAAAGCAGUGGCGCAACCUCAGAGGUGCAUUGAAGCGCAUGUAUAAGGUCAAACUUAUUGGUCUUGAAAGUAGAUUACCAGAGAUUUGUAAAGAACUGGCUGAAAAGCAGUUCUCUUUUCCUAGCUGA